AUGACAAGUGCCACGGAGAGUCGCAAGCGCUGGUCUGACCUCUUCAGCUUCCGAGCGCCACGAGUCGAGAGCAUCCAGGGACUGAUUGGGUUCCGCAACGGCCACGAUCGAGACUCACAGUUGACUGUUGUUGAAGAUAGCCGGACGGAAGACCUCUCGUCAUCGUCGUCCGCCAGUCAAGGCGUCCAAGAGCAACAAAACGUCGAGGACACGCCAGAGGAAGACAGAAUCACAGCACUGCCGACCGUGUACAUGAUGGACGUGUACCGCCCAAAGUCGUCGUCCACGGCUAACAGCAAGGUCUCCACUGGUAACAGACUCUCGAGCGUCUUUGGUAGCAUCGGGAGGACUUUGCGUCGACAUCGUCAGAAGGAAUCUCCUAAGGCGGGCUCUGGAACGGGACACUAUGACGGAGUGGUGCUGGUUCCGCCUUCACGACAGGCUGUUCAGCGUCCAGGUACCCCUUUUCCGCGCUCCAACUACGCCGACCAACGCGCAACACUGAAGAAGCCAAAGCCCGCCUCGGCGGCGCAAUCAAGCACGACCGUCGAAUCAAAGGGCUCAAGUGGGAGCCGAUCGAGAGUGGGAGGCUUCUGCUGCGGGAUGUUCGGGAGCAGCAGCAAGGGCGGCAGUGGAAUCGAAGCGCGAGUUCAGGUCAGUGAGAGCGGAAACAACGGUCGCAUCGUCGAGGAGACGACGGAAGAAGAAGAGAUGUCCUUCGAGGACAUGCUGGGCACUGCGCCGCCGAACGAAGCGGCAACAUUGCCGACUGUGCCAUAUCGAGACAUUGGGCGCGUUCAGAACGAUUGUCGGGCGGGCUUUGGAGCAGGAAACGAAGAGGCUCGCUAA